CCCCGAAAAAAGAAAAGGCAAAAAAAAAAAAAAGGAAAAAAGAGAGCUAAAUUUCUGCCAAAAUCUUUAUAUUUACCGUUACCCAACAACAUAUUCUUCUGUGCAUAAGAAAAAUCGUAGCUUUUUUAUUUUUUUUUAUUUGGUUGUUUUGGCGGUUAAAGCUAUCCGCGGCAAAGUUUCAGGGCUUUUGGACCUGUUAAAACUUGACAGUUGAGAAGAUCAUGGUGGAAGUGAAGAAGGAGAAAGAAGAGUACCAUGAAUGUUUAGCAGAAGAAGUUAGAUCUGCUUCACCUUCUUCAUGUUUUGACAGCAGUUUUGAUACUACUACAAGAUCAGCUUCUCUUCAAGGCUUGUAUUGCUGUUGCAGAAGGGUAACUGGUCCAAGUAGACAUUCCAGGAAAGGAGGGUGGACCGAGGAAGAGGAUAAUCUUUUGACUGAAGCUGUGAAAAAAUGCAAUGCAAGGAAUUGGAAGAAAAUAGCUGAAUUUCUCCCUGGAAGAACAGAUAUCCAGUGCUUGCAUCGCUGGCAGAAGGUGCUGAAUCCUGGAAUUUUAAAAGGACCUUGGACAAAGGAGGAGGAUGAUCAUAUUACGAUGUUAGUUAAAAAGUAUGGUUGUAAGAGAUGGUCUGUCAUUGCAAAGUACUUGGGAGGACGUAUAGGCAAGCAAUGCCGUGAAAGGUGGUACAAUCAUUUGGACCCAACCAUAAGAAAAGAUUCAUGGACAGAAAAAGAGGAGGCCAUUCUUACAUAUUAUCACCAAAUAUAUGGGAACAAGUGGACCAAAAUAGCAAAGCUUCUACCUGGGAGAACUGAUAAUGCGAUAAAAAAUCACUGGAACUGUACCUUAAAAAAGAAGUUGAGUUUGUAUUCAACUCAUCUUUAUGCAAUGGACAUCUGCAUUGAAGAAUCUGGUUUUAGUGAUCAGGAAAUUACUUCAAAAUUCAUGAAGGUCAAAGAAUGGAGACAGGUUCUUUAUGAAGCAAAAUCUGUCAAUCAGAACAUUGCUGUGGAUUGUGGUGCUGGCACAUGUAAGAUAGAUUUGGUUCUUGGAAUUGCUAAUCAAGCAGAAAUCAAAUUAGAAGCAGACUGUGGUAAGGUAGGAAAGCAUAGGUCUCCAGGAGUGCCAAAUGAGCAGGUAACUCCACUUAAUAAUAGAGUGCAUUUUGAUGACAAAGCUAAUGUUACAAUUGAUGACUCAAUCGUUGGAUCUGUAAGAAGGUAUGCUAAGCACAUUAAGACACAUGAACCUCGAUUAGCUUCAUGCAGAGUAGGUUCGCAGGAUAGUCAUGCUCUUCUUUCCUCAACAUCAGUUGAUUCUCCAUCGAGUCCCCUAACUUUCAAAAUUUCUGAGGAUGGUCAGGUCCACAUGCAAAGCGAAAAUCAGAGGAUGAAUACAGUGUACUCAAGUGAUUGCUUGUCACAUAAUGAGCCAUCGCAGCUGAAGGAUUCGGUUAGUGCCAUAUUUCCCAUUGUGGACAGUCAAGAUGUGUCUUUAAAAAGUUCAUUUUGCUAUUCUACUCCACCUAAACUUGUGGAAAGUCUCUCUCCCAGCAGUAGUAGUCCAGAAUCUAUAUUGAGGAUUUCUGCAAUGACCUUCAAAAACACUCCUUCUAUCAUAAGGAAGAGAAGUUACAAAAAGGCUUGGAAUGAUAACUUUUCUGACGCCUCCUGCUCACCUGUGAGGAGUUUCUCAUGUUUUCAUUGUGAAGGAGAAAUCAAUGAUACUUAUUAAUGCAUGCUUUUCUCGAUUUGAAUUUUCCACUGUUAUAUACUAACCUAAAGAAAGGGCAUACUUUUGGUUUUGGGGACUUUUUUUCUGCAAGUGCAUAUAACUACAUAUGUAAGAGCAUAUGGCGAGUCAAAUGUCUAUUUUUCCCAUCAUUUCUUUUCUGGAUCAUCAAAUAUUUUGGAAGGUUUGUUUUGAAAUUUCAUACCAGUUGUUCCAUCCCAAUAUGAAUUGCCAUACGAACAGAUGAGUGUAGAUUUUUGGAAAUCAAAUCUCUCUUUAUUCUCUGCUUUUGCUUUGAGAAGUACUGCUUUAGGGUAAUGAAGUGGCGGGAUGAUUCAAGUGUUCGAGUAUUGGCAUUUGGAAUUUGGGAUGAUGCCCUUUGCUUGAACGACCAACGGUAAAUAAAAAAAUAUGAUGUGGAAAGGCACCAAGUAUCGAAGCUUUUUCUUUUGGUUGGUACAUAUGCUCGCUCAGCUUCAUGAAAUCAUAUUUCGAGCAACGAGCUGAGCAUCUUUGCUUUUGCCUACAAUAAUAAAAAAUAUAAAAAAAUAAGUAAAAAAAAAAAAAUGCGCAAAAGCUAAAGCCUUCCAAUUCCAACUCCCUUAGAACAUGAUGUUUGCGAAUUCGAUCCAUUUCAUAGAAUCCACAAAGAAAAUUUGUGCUUUAAAGCCACUUGCAGAACCGUCUGGCAGAAGAGCUGUCAUGAAAGAAUGAAUGCCCUAUAAAAACGAUGCAUGAACCAUUGAUAAAUUUCUAGGCACAGCUUUGUUGCUCUCACUGCUUUGGUCCCACAGGUAACAAACUAAUCAACCAGCCUAUCCAAAUUAGGCAAGAAAAAAUAUAUCCUUACGAACAUAUCUUGAUGAUUACGUGGAUGGGUCAAAGAAGUACGAUGAUCUACAAACAUCCCAUCCGAUUUGUUACAGAAAAAAAAAAUCUGUAAGAUAUAGAUAAGGAUUUCUUAAGAAAAAUUAAAAUGAGAUUGAAAUUAGCAAUUAGUGGAUUGAUGGAUUAUCUGAUGGUAAAAUUAUUUCAUUAAAUCAUCAUUGUCUAUUUUCAUAAUCAUCGAGAAAGUAGGGAUGAUUUACCAUUGUUGAUAAACUAUAAUACUCCAACUAUAGUACUUCAAUGUGUCUAUAUAUAAAUAGUUUUUUGGUAUAUUUUUAUAGUUUUUGUU